UUGUGUGUCCGUUGAAACCAAACAGUGUUGAAAAUUUUUGCAGAGGCGAGAAGAAAGAGGAGGCUGUGGCUCUCUUUUUCUAACCCCUUUUCUUCUCUUUCUUUCACUUUCUUCAUUCCCUCUCUCCUUAAUUUCUCAGUAUUCUAUCAUGACCUUCUUCUUCUUCUUCUUCUUCCUCUUCUUCUUCUUCUUCUUCACUCUCUCAUAGCUUCCCCUUCUCUGUUAUGAAUCCCUCCACCGACGAACAACCAGCACCUCCUCCUCUUCCUCCUCCUUUGCCGCCUUUGCCCCACCGUCCUUCCGCCCCCUGCCCCCGUCACCCACAAGAACAUUUCACUGCUUUUUGCCCUUUAUGCCUCUGCGAGCGUCUCUCUGUACUCGAUUCCUCUGCUUCUGCUGCUUCUUCUUCUUCUUCCCGGAAACCCCAUUCCACUGCUGCCUCUGCUCUUAGAGCCAUUUUCAGACCUGCCCCUCCUAAUCGACCCUCUUCUUUUUUUCCUGAGCUUCGUCGUGCUAAAUCCUUUUCUGCUUCUAAGAACGAAGCCUUCUCUGCCGUCUUUGAACCGCAGAGGAAAUCUUGCGACGUUCGACUUCGUAACACUCUCUGUUCUCUCUUUUCUCAGGACGCUUCUGCUUCUUCUAGGCUUCUUGCUGCUCCUGGUCCUGAAAUUAUUCUUGAGAGUAAGAAUUUGGAGGACCCCAUUUCGUCCUGCCUUGAACCGCAGCCGGACGGCGACGGAGAAAUUAGGGUUUCUGGACAACCCAAUGUGGUGGAUGUUGUGAUUGAAAACGGUGUUCAGGAGAUUGUUGAGGAAGAAGAAGAAGAAAUUCAGGUCGAAUUAGGGUCAGAAUCGGUGCAACUACAGGAGGAGUUCAAAACCAUGAAGGAUCACAUAGAUCUCGAUUCGCACACGAAGAAGCCAGCCGGAAGGGGGAGCUUCUGGUCGGCGGCUUCAGUCUUCAGUAAGAAGCUGCAGAAAUGGAGGGAUAAACAGAAGGAGAAGAAGCAGAGAAAUGGCGGUGGAUCUACGACAUUGCCGGUGGAGAAACCAAUCGGACGCCAUUUCAGAGAAACCCAGUCGGAAAUUGCCGAUUACGGCUUCGGUCGACGAUCUUGCGAUAUUGAUCCGAGAUUUUCUCUCGAUGCCGGCCGAAUGUCCUUCGACGAUCCCCGUUAUUCCUUCGACGAACCUAGGGCUUCUUGGGACGGGUAUUUGAUCAGCAGAACUUUCCCAAGAAUGCCCACCAUGCUUUCCGUCGUUGAAGACGCCCCUAUCCAUGUCUUCCGUUCCGAUACCCAAAUUCCCGUCGAAGACUCCAUAAAUUCAACCAAUGAAGACGAAAAUAUCCCGGGCGGGUCUUCACAGACCCGAGAUUACUAUUCAGACUCUUCUUCCCGUCGACGGAAGAGCCUCGACCGGUCCAACUCCAUCAGAAAGACCGCCGCGGCUGUGGUGGCUGAGAUUGAUGACAUGAAAUCAUCUGUUUCGAACGCCAAAGUUUCUCCUGCAACUACAGAUGUCUGCCAUGGCCCAAAACUAGCCAUCCCAGAUAGAGAUUCAAACUCCAAUUCAAUGCGAGAUGACUGUUCCGGGUCCUUCGACGAUGCUGCAUCGGUGGUCGGGACGGGGAAUCGGAAAGAAGAGUCGAAAAAGUCCAAAGGGUGGGGGAAGGGUUGGAAAAUCUGGGGAUUGAUUAACCGGCGGGGUGGAAACAAAGAUGAGGAGGAAGACAGAGAGAGUAGUAGACCCAAUGGCGUGGAGCGGUCGUAUUCGGAGUCGUGGCCGGAGCUGCGUGGCGAUAGGAAUGGUGAUGUCAAAGGAGGAUUCAAUCCCAAAAUGUUUAGAAGUAACAGCAGUGUUAGUUGGAGGAGUUCAAGUAUGAUGGGUAGUGGAUAUUUCAGUAGCUCAAGGAAAAGCAAUGCAGAGUCUAAUGGGAAUGGGAAGAAGAAGAAAGAGGAGCCACAGCCAGUGUUGGAGAGGAAUCGGAGUGCUCGACAUUCUCCGACGAACGUCGACAAUGGACUUCUUCGAUUCUACCUGACGCCAUUGAGGGGCAGCCGGAGAGGCGGGUCGGGGAAGGUGAAACCAAAUCAAGCACAGUCCAUCGCAAGAAGUGUUCUUCGACUGUAUUAAACUGAUAUUUGGUUGGGGGAAGGAUUCAAUUCAAAAACAUGUUUUCUGGUUUAAAGUUGCUAUAUAUUUUUUUUAAAUUUUGUUCAAGCGUUUUCUUUACUGGGUUUAUUGGAAACGGAUGGAGAAACAGUUUCGAAAUUUUUAUUUAAUUUUCCAUUUGGAGUAGAAUGGAGAAUGGAUCAAUGAAGAAUGAAGAAGAAUGCUUCUUAAUUUACUCUAAAACUUUGCACGUGAUUUGAUUUCAUCGUUUGGCUAAGCAAAACCAGUUUAGAAUGAGACAGGCAAU